AUGAAUACUUUCCUUUACUUUUUUGUAAUUUUAAUCAGUAGUAUAAACGCUUUGCCUGCAGGAGAGGGUUAUUAUAAUUUCUUUAAUUAUUUAUACGAUGAUUUUGGAGAAAACAGCAUCGAUGGGGUUGAAACUAUUGAUAUAUCGAGCUUGGGACCUGAGGCAUACGGACUACCGAAAAAUGAAAGUGGUGAUGCAUUGUCCCAAUGGUCAGAAUCAUCUCUCAUGAACCCUGAGGAAGUCGGAGACUAUGCAGAGGGAGAUAUCCUGAUGCCUCCACAGCAAGGCAGGAACGGUGUCAGGGAAGAAGUGCUACGCUGGCCCCAGGGACAUAUUCCUUAUGUUAUUGAAGGAUAUUUCAACUCAGAGCAGCGUGAAACUAUAAUGAGGGCGAUAGCCGACUACCAUAGACUGACGUGCUUACGGUUUGUACCCUACAAUGGACAGAAGGACUACAUCACUAUUCAGAGCAAGAAUACUGGAUGCUGGUCUAGUGUUGGACGCAUUGGUGGUCGCCAAGAAGUCAACCUCCAGUCUCCUGGAUGUGUCUCCAAGAAAGGCACAGUGCUGCACGAGCUGCUGCAUGCUAUUGGGUUCAUGCAUGAACAGAGCCGACCUGAACGUGAUGAUUUCGUUAGAGUGCGAUACAAUAACAUCAAACCUGGUGCUGAGAGUAACUUCAGGAAGUCGACAGUCAAGCAAACAAAUGACUUCAACGUGCCUUAUGACUACAACAGCGUGAUGCAUUACUCCGAGUUUGCCUUCUCUAAGAACCAACAGAAGACCAUUGAACCUAAGGUUGGAGGUGUAAAACUGGGACAACGCGAGGGUCUUAGCCGUGGAGACGUCAAGAAAAUAAACAACAUGUAUAACUGCAAGAAAGAGGAGCCCCAGUCUGGUUGGCUAGGAGGAGUGUUCCAGAACAUAUUUGGAGCAAAAACACGUUAA